CAGCUAACUGGUCCACCUUGUGGAAGGCAUGGUUCACAAACAUUUUACAAGGCCUUCAAAUUUAUAUUAGAUGGCAAAGAAAAUAAUUUAGCAAUUGGAGAAUUUUUCUUCAUGAAAAUAUCAAAAGAAAUACCAGUAUGUAUUGGGGAAAUUCAACUUUUAUGGGAAGACAGUAAUUCCAACUAUCAGCUUUCCAGUUUACGACUGUAUUUUUUACCAGAAAACACACCAGAGGGACGAGAUGAAUUCCACGGAGAGGAUGAGAUAUUGGCCCUGCACCAUAAAAUGAUAUUAAAACUACCUGACUUGAUACCAAUGAUACAGUAUAAUAUAGAAUGGACAGUGGGUUAUCCUGUACCUUAUGAUACUACUAGUAAUGGUGAUACUACAGGUGAGAAUAAACCUAUCUUAUCUAUGAUUAGAGAUCUUACAACAGGUGAGAAUGAAUCAAAUAUUAAAAAAUUAGAGCAAUCCCAAGUUGUAAUCAGAAGUUAUCCCCAGUAUUGUCGAUUCCGAACAGCUCUGAAACGCCUGGAAGGAGUUCAAGACAAAUGGUUAAAGCACACCUUAGUUUGUGCUCUUGGAGGAUUUUCAACCAAAUCUAGGAAUUGUCGUGUCGUGUAUUGUUUAGAUACGUUUUAUAGUUCUGAUUUAGACGAGUUAGAAAUCAGGUGUGAUCAUUUAGCACCAAGUUUAAAGGGCAGACCUCGU